UGUUACAGUUGUAGUCGUUUCGAGUUUGGAUUGCGGUCAAUAGCAGAGUCGGUCGAGGGACGACAACCCCCAGAUUACCGUUCGGAAUCGACAUUCUCAUCCCUCGCAGUCUGAUUCUGCCGACGCCGUCAACAUGAGCUCCGACGACAAUCCCCAGGACCCGAGGCCGGCCUCGCUGUCGGGCAUGCUCUCGACCCUUGCCCCGGUGGCUGUGGUUUCUGCGAUAUACAUCUCGGUGUUCCUGAUCUUGCGGAGGAGCCAGAGGCGCUACUAUGCUCCUCGAACAUAUCUCGGGAACUUGCGGGAAAGCGAGCGCUCGCCUCCCCUGCCCAACGGCUGGGUCAACUGGAUCGGCAGCUUCUGGCGGAUCCCCGACAUCUACGCGCUGCAGCACCAGUCUCUCGAUGCCUACCUCUACAUCCGGUUCCUGCGCAUGGCGCUGGUCAUCUGCUUCGUCGGCUGCUGCAUCACCUGGCCGAUCCUGUUCCCCGUCAAUGCCACGGGCGGCGGCGGCCAGGCGCAGCUCGACAUCCUGUCGUACGCCAACAUCAACCAGGCGACGCAGUACAACCGCUACUACGCCCACGCCUUUGUCUGCUGGAUCUAUUUUGGGUUUGUCAUGUACAUGAUCAUGCGCGAGUGCAUCUUCUACAUCAACCUGCGCCAGGCCUUCCUGCUGAGCCCCUUCUACGCCGACCGCAUCUCGUCGCGCACCGUGCUGUUCACCAACGUGCCCGCCGACUAUCUGGACGACGCGAAGCUGCGCAGGGUGUUUGGCGCCUCGGUCAAGAACAUCUGGAUCACCAGCGACACCAAGGAGGUCGACGAGGUCGUGGAGGAGCGCGACAAGGUCGCCAUGCGCCUCGAGAAGGCCGAGGUCAAGCUGAUCAAGCUCGCGCACAAGGCACGCCAGGAGGCCAUCAAGAAGGGGGCGCCGGCCGAGGAUGCCGACAGGGCGCCGAUCGUGGGUGAUGGCGAGUCCGGCAGCGUCGCGGCUCGCUGGGUCCCGCACAAGAAGCGGCCGACGCACCGUCUCGGGUUCCUUGGUCUGAUCGGCAAGAAGGUCGACACCAUCAACUGGUGCCGCAGCGAGCUGGAGCGCCUCAUCCCGGAGGCCGACACUGUCCAGGCCAAGUACCGCGCGGGCGAGUACAAGAAGAUCCCCGGCGUCUUCAUCGAGUUCCGGACGCAGGCCGAUGCCGAGGGCGCCGCUCAGAUCCUCGCUCACCACCAAGGCUUUCACAUGUCGGACAGGUACGUCGGCAUUCGGCCCGGCGAGAUCAUCUGGAAGUCGCUCGCCAUCCCGUGGUGGCAGAAGGCGGUGCGCCGCUACGCCGUGCUGGCCUUCAUCACCGCCAUGAUCCUCUUCUGGGCCAUCCCCGUCGCCUUUGUCGGUAUUGUCAGCAACGUCAACUACCUGACCACGAUCAGCUGGCUGGCGUGGCUGAACAAGAUCCCAUCCGUCAUCAUGGGUGUCGUGACCGGUCUCUUGCCUUCGGUUCUGCUUGCCGUUCUCAUGUCGCUGGUGCCGAUCGUGAUGCGCUUGUGCGCUAAGCUGGCGGGUGAGCCGUCCAUCUCGCGCGUCGAGUUGUUCACGCAGAACGCCUACUUCGCCUUCCAGGUGAUCCAGGUCUUCCUGGUCACCACGAUCGCGUCCUCUGCGACGGCCGUGGCCAAGCAGCUCGUCGACAGUCCCACCAGCGCGCCCUCGAUCCUGGCCAACAACCUGCCCAAGUCGUCCAACUUUUACAUUUCCUACUUCAUCGUGCAGGGCCUGACCAUCGCCACGAGCGUGCUGACCCAGGUGAUCGGCUUCGUCAUCUUCACGCUGCUGUACAAGUUCCUGGCCAACACGCCGCGCGCGCUCUACACCAAGUGGUCUAACCUCAGCGCCAUCUCGUGGGGCAGCACCAUGCCGGUGUACACCAACAUCGUGGUCGUGGCCAUCACGUACUCGUGCAUCGCGCCGCUCAUGCUCGGCUGGGCCACCAUUGCCAUGUUCCUCUUCUACUUCGCGUGGCGGUACAACGUCUUCUUCGUGACCGACACGCGCAUCGACACGCGCGGCCUCAUCUACCCGCGCGCGCUCAAGCAGCUCUUCACGGGCCUGUACCUGGCCGAGGUGUGCAUGAUCGGCCUGUUCGGCGCGUCGGUCGCGCCCGGCCCGCUCGUGCUGAUGGUCGUCUUCCUCGUCUUCACCGUGCUCUUCCACAUCUCGCUCAACAGCGCGCUCAACCCACUGCUGUACAACCUGCCCCUCACCUUACUCGCCGAAGAGGAAUCGGCCGCGCAUCUUCUGUCCGACGCCGAGAAGGGCACCACCACCACCACCACCAACACUACCCACCAGCCAGCCGAAGUACUACACGACCUGAACGGCGACGGCGUCGUCGACGCGACGGAGACCCACGUCGCGCAGGCGCAGGUCGCGUCCCGGACCACGGGCAAAGCCGGCAACGCGCUCACGCGCUUCCUGAAGCCGUGGAUCUACGCCGACUACGCCACGCUGCGCAACCUGGUGCCGCACGGCAUGCACGUGGGCGAGUACGCCGAGGAGGUGGCCGCCAACGCGUACCACCCGCCCUCGGUCACGGCGCCGACGCCGCUGCUGUGGAUCCCCGCCGACCCGGCGGGCGUGUCGAAGCAGGAGGUUGCGCACUCGGGCAGGGUCAUUCCGAUUACCGACGAGGGGUGUGAGUUGGAUGAGAAGGGAAGGUUGGUGUGGGAUCGCGAAGGGACUAGGCCGCCUGUUUGGGAGGAGAAGAUUUAUUAUUAACCUAGGUACCUUUGGUACCUACCUACCCGGGUAUUGAGGGGGUGGGGGUUGGUUAGAAAGAAUGAGGGGAAAGGAGAGGGAGGUGCAGGUGGUCUCAGUUUACUAGGGGUUCGAACGUGAGGUACUACAUACUGGGUAAUAAGGGCCUGUUUUGACGAGACGGGAUGGAGUGGGAAG